AUGAACCUCCGAAAAGUAGCAAAGGCGCAGCCGCAGUCACCUAGCUUCAGCACAAGAACAUCCACUCCAAAAAGCCAGGCAAGCGAUUCACAAAGCACACCCCGCCCCCGCUCGAGUCGCAAGAAAUCCUCAGAUGCCCCAGAUACCAAAGCUAAGAGGGUACGCACAGGAUGUCUCACUUGUCGCCAACGACAUUUGAAAUGCGACGAAGGCGUGGGACGAUGUCUCAAUUGUCGCAAGUCGGAUCGCGUUUGUCGACGUGGUGUUCGUCUCAAUUUUAUUGACACCCAAACUGUGGCGCCUCCACACAUCAUCGCUCGGCCGCAUGGAUCGAAGGUGACAUUUCACGAUGACUCGCGUUCGAUCGCAUCUCUGUACGUAGGAGGUUUCGAGAUAUACCCGCCUGUCCAGCCGGAAACUCCUGUUCAAGAGAACCGACAAUUACACAAUGACUUUGAUGUUAUAGGGACUGAUGAUCUGACCAAUAUCUUUCAAUCAGUGGCACAUUCGUUUGACCCGCUGAGCUUUGAUGUCCCACAUCCAAAUAUGGCGCAUUUUGUUGGAACUGAUACUUGGCAUCAGUCCCACUUGGUACCAGGGGAUGAACUUCUCCCGCACAGCACGUCCCAUUUCGCACAGAAAUUGGCCGGCAAACCUGAAUACCAUGCUUUUCUCACUGACCUAGAGCAAGUCUCUCUUCUCAGAACUUUCAUGGAAGAAGUCGGUCCCCGGAUGGACAUCAUGGAUGAAAUGAACCAUGGUUCUCACAAUGCGCAGUUUUCCCAGAUUCUUCCCGGUUUUGCCAUCGGUGAGCCCAUAUUGCUAAAGGCAUUUCUCGCGUGUGGUGCUAGACACCUUUCUUUCGUAGACCCUUCUUAUGGAGAUGAAAAAGCGAUACGAUAUUAUGAUGCAGCUACUCGCGAUCUUCUAAAUGCCAUCCAUGAUCCUAACCGUGACUCUGUUCUCUGCGCAACAGCUGCUCUUGCCCUUGGCUUCUCCGAAACCGUGCCGAUGCAAUCAAGACCCAAUAGAGACCACAUCGCAGGAUCCCGGGCUUUGAUCCGAGAAUGUGGCUGGACUGCCAAAACCCCCGGGCUAGGUGGGGCAUGUUUCAGGAUCAGCGUCAGUUCAGAGCUCCUGAACUGUAUGCGAUAUAACUGGGCAUUGUCUUGGGAUCCAAACACUUGGGGGGUCAAUAUGGACAUGGAUCUUUCACAUGUCACCAAUGGGGGCAAUCAGAAUAUAUGGCAUCAUCAGAUACUUUAUAUUUUCGCUAGGGUUAUGACCUUUCAGGCAUCUUCGCGCUCAUCUCACGCUUUAGGUGACGAUGCGGCGCGGGCCAUCCAGCUCAACGAUCAUGAAUGGAUUAUUCACAACAGGUGGUGUGAGCAAUGGGUGAAAUCUAUUCCUAGAUCCCUUGUGCCCCUUGGCCAUCUGCAGCCGUGGCAAACAGGUUCCAAGUCAACCUUCCCGGAAGUUUGGCUUGUCAAUCGAUCCGCCGUUGUCUCUCGAUUAUUUUACCACGCCAGUCGUAUUAUGCUGGCCAAAACACACCCUUUCCAGUCACAGUUCAACGACGAUAUGCGGAAAAUGAAAUGCAGCCAUGCGCACGAAAUCUGUGGGCUUGUUGCCCGCACCACGGACAGAGGUGUGGCCAAUAUAUCCCUGUACUUUCUUGUACUUGCUGCAGAGUGCUUGGAAACACGAGAAGCUCAAGAGGAGGUACUCGGUAUAUUUGAUACCAUCACUCAAGUGACUGGUAGCAGUGCUGAACCGAUCAAGAACGAUCUCAAACGAAUUUGGAGCUGGGCUGAUGCUCACCCGCCCACGGUGACGCCAGCCCAAAUGCACAACCACCUUUAUGAAUUAGACCCAUCUCUAUCAAUCUCCAAUCAUCCCGGCUCAUCUCCAAGCCUACACAAUCCCUUGUUGGCUGCGGGUGACUUCUCAUUGGAAAACCACCCGUAUCAGGGAUACUAUGUGCCACCACAUCACCACCAUGCAAUCAAUCAGUAUCACUACGGGACGUUUGAUAUGAUUUGA